AUGGUCGUAUUCACUUCUGGAACCACCAACGACCCCAAAGGUGCUCGGCUUUCUUACGGGAACCUGUUGACUGCGGCGCGUUGCGUGUGGGACGCGUUGGGGGUUUUGGAAGAAGAGGAAAAACAAGAAACAAAAAAGGAAAUAAAAAAAGAAAUAAAAAAAGAAAUAAAAAAAGAAAAUAAAAAAGAAAAUAAAAAAGACCUUUUUCUUUUUCUUGUAAACCCUUUUCACCACAUAAACUCUUCCGUCUUCUUCGAAGCAGCUUUGCUGCGCUGCAGCAGCUCAGUGCACCUUUUGAGCAGAUACCGCACCACCUACUGGAAAGUGCUGUGCGUUGCUUGUAAAGAUGCUGCUGCUACUUCUGCUGCUGCUGCUGCUGCUGCUGCUCUUCCCCCGGCCACUACAGCAGCAGCAACUGGCGCCGCGGCUGCCGCUGCUGCUCGUGAAGCAGCAGCAGCAGCAGCACCAGCAGAAGCCGCACCAUCACCGCCCGCAGCAGCAGCAGCAGCAGCAGCAGCAGGAAGCAGCAGGUGCCGCGUGGUGGCUCCCCUUGUGUCUCGCCACAUAGACUUUUUGUGGAACUUGCACUUGGAGGGAAAGCUGGAAAAAGAAAAUAUAAUAAAUGAAAUAAAAGAAAAAGAAAAAGAAGUGAAUUUAAUUCUGCUGCUCGGCUCCGCGCCUGUGGGGCCCUCCAGUGUUGCUUCGGUCCCUUAUUGGAUGUCAGAUGAGGAGCAGCUGGAGGCGAUGCGGCGGGGGUGGCAAGGAACAGCAGCAGCAGCAGCAGCAGCAGCAAAAGGCACAACAGCAGCAGCAGCAGCAGCAGCAGCAGGGGAGUGUGAGACACGGGAAGGGACCUUGGAGACAUUUGACGAGACAAAUGGAAGCAAGAAGAGCAGCAGCAGCACCGGCUUCAGCGAAGCUGGAAAAGACGCAGAGACAACUGCAGCAGCAGCAGCAGCAGCAGCAGCAGCAGCAGCAGCAGCAGCAGACACAGAAGGACUGGGGGAGCGGCAGUCAGAUGAAACUGCAGCCGGAGAAGUGAACAAUAAAGUUAAAAUGAUUAAUCAAAUUCAAACAAAAAAACAAAAUCAAGAAAAUAAAAUUGGAUUCUUCAUCGGCCGCCCGCACAAAGGCCUCACGGAAAUGCGAGUUGUUAAAAGCACCAAAAAGGGGGAAGAAGGCUACAUGCAAGACUGCGAAGAGGGGGAGUGCGGCUACCUGAUCUGCAGGGGGGGCAACGUACUGUUGGGUUAUUUGAACCCUCUGGAGUCCAGAAAAAAGAAAAUGGAGUUCAAAAAUGGAAAUAAAAUCGAAAAUGAGCUUCAAAACGGUGUAAUUACACCCGAAAAGUGGUACUUGGGGUUCGGAGAUGUCGGGUUUUUUCUGAAAAACCCCAAAGACGGCGGCCGGGACUUCUACUGGGUGACGCGCACUGCAGAUCUCCUCAUUAAGGGCGGAGUUAACUAUUCUUGUUCGCAAAUUAAUUCCGUUUUAUUUGAAUUUUUGAUUAAAAGUUUCAAUUUGAGCGAAAAAAUUCAAAAAAGAAUUCAAAUUGCAGCCGUCGGCGUCAAGUGGCGCAGCGAACACGACGACGACAACUGCGUCACCGUCGAGUUUGCAGAUUCCGACUUUGAAACUUCGGAAAAAGAAAAGCAAUUUGAAUCGAAAAAGGGAAACUCAGAAAAAGAAAAGGAAUUUGAAAAAGAAAAUGGAUCAAAACGCGAAAAAGAGACGCAAAAAGACCCCGAAAUGAGCCCGGAAACCGAAUUUCAAGAAGUGGAAUUCAAGUUCGAAGAGGAAGCAGCGGGAAAGCAAAAGAAAGAAUCCAAAGAUGAACAGGAAUUCCAAUAUGAAAAAGAAUUUAAAAAUGAAAAAGAAUUAAAUAAUAAAAAGGAAUUAAAUAAAAAGGAAUUAAAAGAGGAAAAAGAACUAAAAAGAGGAACUGGAAAGGAAGGUGAAGUUGCAAAGGAAAUGGAACUUCUGAAUCGGCAGCAGCAGCAGCAAAAAGCCUCGGAUUUGACUGGAAUAAAGGAAGAAUUAAAAGAAUUAAAUGAAUUUAAUGAAAUUAAAAAAGAAAUUAAAUCAAAAUUCCUCGAAAAAGCAAAAGAAAGCAAAGAAAUUCAAAAAGGAUUCAAACCCGACUUCGUCCGAUUUGCAAAAAUCCCCAGAACCUUCAAAGGCAGCGUCGACUUCAAAAAACUAAAAGAAGAAUUUUUAAUUCAUUUAAAACAAAACGAAGUCAAAUCCAAAAGACAAAACUUCGUUUCAGAUGCAAUUGCAUAA